AUGAAUAAAGUUCGUACUUGGACUGAUAGAUCCGGCACUUUCAAGGUUGACGCUGCUUUGUUAGGUUGUGCUGAUGGUAAAAUUCAUCUUCAUAAGCUAAAUGGCGUGAAAAUCGCCGUGGCCGCUAGUAAAAUGUCUAUUGAGGAUCUGGAAUAUGUUGAAUCGGUGACUGGCGUUGUUCUUGAUGAUGAUAAACCUUUAGUCGACCUUCGUAAGGGUGCUAGAUCAAGAAGAACCAAGAGUAACGGUGGUUCUCCUAUGACAGGAGUUCCUGGUGGUGUCAGUACUGGAGAUGGUUCAUCGUCUGGUCAAGCUGCUGGACGGUCGUCUUCAACAACUUCGGUUCCUACCAGAAGUCAAAUGGGCGGCGGUUCUGCUAAUGGUGCUGCAACCCAACAGAAACCCGAGUUUGACUGGUUUGGUUUCUUUUUGGAGUGUGGAGUCGACGUCAACAACUGCCAACGAUACGCUCUUAACUUCACCAGAGAUCAAAUGGACGAGAAUAUUCUUCCCGAUAUUAGUCCACAAGUUCUGCGGAAUUUGGGUCUCAAAGAAGGCGAUAUUCUUCGUGUAACUAAAAAGUUAGAUGAAAAGUUUGAUCGUAAGAGACUCAAUGCCGAGGCUACUGGUGGUUUGUUUUCUGGUCCUGAUGGAACUCUUAAAAACAAUACUGCCAAGGAUUUGUCGAAUGGAAAUGUUACUGGCGUCACGAAUGCAGCUGCUGUAGAAGCACAACAGCAGCCAAUCCCAAGACCACAACAACCUGCUGCUACUUCUACUACAAAUGGGUUUGCUGACGAUGCAUGGGCUGUCAAAUCUCAACCCCAGACUCAGCAACAACAACCUCCUCCUCAACCCGCUAGACCUCAACAACAGCAGCAACAACCACAACAGCAACAGCCACAACAACAACAGUUUCAACUGCAAGUCCCACAACAAAUGGCUGCUCCAACAUCAGUUGCUCCUCAACCAACGGGUUCUUUGUUAGAUCUCAUGACUAUCCAGCCUUUAGAACCUCAAAAGACAGCCCAGUCGGUUAUUGCCGAGCAACAACAAAAGCAAGCACAUCAACAGAGACAGUUGCAACAACAACAGCAAAUCCAGCAGCAGCAACAGCAAAUCCAACAGCUUCAACAGCAACUCCAGAAACAACAAACUGGUUCGGCUACAAUGCUUCCUCAGCUGACUGGAGGUGCUACUGUUGUACCAACAGUAGUCCAGGGUCCAAAUGGUCCAAUUCUUACUCAACAACGUACUGGUGGUGGUACGCUGAUUCCUCUGACAAAUUCGUUGACUGGACAAUCUAUCAACUCUCCUUUAGGACCUUUUGCUACUGGAAAUGCUCAACAGAUUACUGGAUUUGGUCCUGUUUCAACCGGUUUCCAACAGCCCAUUUUUACUGCUAAUCAACCUAUUUCGAACCCAUCAACCCCAUUUAACCAGCCAUUCGGAUUCGCUAGUCAACCCCAGGCCAGUUUCAGCUCUCCAAGUCUUUCUACAAUUACAAACCAGCUGCAACAAACACAUCUUACUGGGUCUCAACCUCAACUGGUGAACCCUCAAUUGAGCAAUCCACAACUCAGUGCUCCACAACUGAAUAACCCAUUCAACCAACAAACUGGUGUUUUCCAACCCAAUUUCGCGUCUCCUUUCCCUCCGCAACAACAGCAGCCACAACCACAACAACCAUUACAACCAUUUGCAACUCAACCACAACCACAGCUGCAACAAUUCCAACCUCAACAACCAUUCCAGCAGUUCCAACCACAGCAGCCACAGCAACUGUUCCAACCUCAACAAACGGCAUUCACUGGAGGAAACCCGUUUGAUGCCCAACAACAGCCCAUCCAACCAUUGCAAGGACAACCAACCGGCUUUGGUUUUGGCAACUCGGCAUCCACAAUCAACGGUUUUGGCGGUCCUGCUGCCCAAACUCUUGGAAACAGUUUCUCCUCCCAGCAAGCAUAUCCUACUCUCCAACCCCAGAAAACAGGACCCCCUCCUCCCGUGUCGUUUGGCGGUGGCCCGGCUCCUCUCCAGCCAACAAACACCGGACGAAGAGCCAAUCUCGCUGCUGCCACCCCCAACAAUCCUUUCGGAUUCUAA